UGUGGAAACGAGCGGCGAGAGCUUGCCGUCGUGCCUUUUCUUAAUAAUGAUGCUGACGCAUGCUUAGUGCCUCCGCUCCCUUUGCGCUUGCUGCUGUUUCCCAACCCAGCCGGGCGAACUCCCUCCCUCGUCGGCUGGAGCAGGGUUAAAACCAUCGAGCCGGAGCUGCCGCCGCCGCGCGAAGCGAAGGGUAGGGGACAGGAUGCAGCGAGGGGUCCUUUCCUGUGCCCGGACCCGCCGCUGCCCACCCACCCACACACGCUGCGAGGGUGGCUGGUUCCCUCCCAGGGCCCGAGCUCCGGACGCGCCUGCCGAAGGGCGCGCGAACCCCCCCCCCCUCCGGGAUCCCUGCGCGGGGCUGCAUCGGUGGUGUGGGCAAAGGUCCAAAACCUGUUAGUCAAAAGAAGGCUGAGAAGGUGAGAAGUGGUUGAAAGAAGGCUUAUAAAGAAAGAAAAAAACCUAACGAUCAAAACGGCUUACUGCGGGAGAAGCCCUGAGAUAGGCCAGGCCUAUUGCUCUGGGCUGGCAGGAGGUCUGUUCAACCACUGCUGGCCAGGCCAGGCCGAGGUGAGGUGUGCUGAGGCAGGAGCUUCCUUUUCCUACGGAGGUACCUUCCCCGGACCGCCACCACUACCACCACCACCACCAGCAGCCGCUGGCAUGGGGGAGAAAUCUCACACGUGCCCCUACUGCGGGAAAGGCUUCCGGCGCAAUUCGCACCUGACCCGACACAUGGCCACCCAUUCCGGGCUCCAGCGCCCCUUGGGCGGGAAGCGCCUCGGGCAGCAGGUGCAGGAAGAGGACCGGCCAUUCAGCUGCAGCUACUGUGGGAAAAGCUUUGCCAAGAGCGCCCACCUGGCGCGGCACCAGGAGACCCAUUCGGGGGAGAGGCCCUACAAGUGCACCUACUGCGGGAAGGCCUUUGGGCGCAACUCCCACCUCACCCGGCACCACAGCACGCACACCGGGGAGCGCCCGUACGAGUGUGGCGUUUGCGGCAAAGCUUUCACACGCAGCGCCCACGUCACCCGACACCAGGGCACGCACACCGGGGAGAGGCCUUUCCGCUGCACGCGCUGCGGCAAGCGCUUCACCCGCAGCGCACACCUCCAGCGCCACCAAGGCAUCCACAGCGGGGACAAGCCCUUCUCCUGCGGCGACUGCGGGAAGGGCUUCACCCGCAAUGCCCACCUGGAGCGCCACCGUGCCACACAUUCGGGGGAGAAACCUUUCAAGUGUGCCAGCUGCGGGAAAGGGUUUGGGGCGGCCUCCCACCUUGUAAGGCACCAGAGAACCCAUAAAGUUUAGUCAGCUGGGUUGGUCCUAUAUCCAUCCAAACGGGGGGUGAGAAAUGGCCAGUAUUGGACAUAUGUUUGUCUUUAUGUCAGGAUGGCUCUUCCCCCCCUUCCCCAUGUCUUUUCUCCAUGCUAUAAAAUAACCUGAGUGUUUAGCUGCUGUGAUUUGAGAGAGAAUUGAGCAUAACAAAUUCAGCAGUGGUUGGUCCCUGGUCUGCACAAAGACCGAAGCAAUGUGGACUUCACACUCAGUUCAUUUGCAGACCUAAUGACGAUAAUUUUAAAUGCUGGAACUGCAGGUUGUUCUGCUACUUCUUUCAGAGCGGGAAGGUCAGUGUCAAAUCUUCCCGACGCCAUCUGUAUGUGGGAGUGGGUGUUUUUCCUUCUCUUCGGUAUGGCAAAUGAAAGCCACCCUUUUAAAAUUUCCACUUGGCUAUCAAGAAAUAUGCUGUGCGUCAAAAGUAAGAAACGCUGAACAAACGCUUAGACUUGAGGUGUUUGCACACCUCCCCCUUGCACACCUCCAGCAUCUCAACGGAUGUGGGAGCAUGUAAACAUUAUGCCAAUCUGUGGAGUAAAAAAAAGCAUCAUUCUGGUGAUUCACUUGGAAUGAAGUUAGAGUAACUCUUCCACCCUCCUUUCCCUCAGCUUUUCAUUUCAGCCAUCGUGGCCAAGAAAAAGCAGUUUAUAUCAUACUUUCAUCUGCCCACAGUACCCAGGAAAUGACACCAGGAACACUGGGCCUGACCUUUGAGCAUUUCAGUAUCCUUCAGCUGGGGGGAAAGGCUAUUGGUUUGCUUCUGAACCAAUUCUCAGAACUUGUCUAUGUCUCUUCCAUGGCACUUGGCAGUGUGUGCAUCUAGUUUUGCAGUAUUUUUAUCUUGCAAGCGGGAUCUGCAACAAAAUGUUACAGUGCUUUUGCCUGCCAGCCACGCCUCUUUUCAGAGUACUCCAUCCUGUUCCCCACCUCCCAGUUUUCUGUCCCAUUGCCCCACCUGACAGAUACUCGGUGUUCUGUGGCCACCGAGCGUGCUCUGUUCUCAUUGGGGUUUGUUUGGGUUGGUUUCUCCUCCGCCCUUCAGAAGGGCUGUAGCUCAGUGGUAGAGCAUCUGUCUUGUAUGCAUAGUGUUCCAGGUCCAAUCUUUGGCAUCUCCUGGUAAGGCUGAAUCUCCUAUCUGGAACGGUUUUCUUCUCCUUGGACAAGACUAUAGUUCUGCUGAUACAUUUCACAGCGUAACUCUGUUGUAGUUGAGAGAUAGGGUAAAAAACUAACCUUAAAUUAGUUGGGUUUUUUAAUGUAGCUACUUGUGCUUUUUUAAAUGGAGGAGGAAGUUAUAAAUGAUACUGUCAGCUGUCUCCACACAAUAUAGUUAGCUGAUUUUCCUCUAUAGAAGACAUUUAAGGGGACAUUUGGUGAUUCUUGAGGAAGUCAGAUAUCUUGCUGCUCUGAAACAUAUGGAAAGAGAUGUGGAGGCAGCAAACUUCUUAGUUGGAGUCCCCAAAACUUUCUCUGCUUAAGCCUGCGCUCCUAGGAAACACUGUCUUGCUUGUCUCCCAGUUUCCUGUCUGUGGCUCUUAACUAAUCUGAUGUGUGGUUUUUUGAAGGUCCUGGGCACUCGGGCUCUUUAGAGGCAUAGCACUAGGGCACAUCCAUGGUCUUGUAUCGGGGCCUCCCUAAGACAUGGAUUCCCCCAUGUGAUAGCCUUGAGUUAUGUGGCCUUUGGCCUCUGCAUGUGUCAUUUUUGAUGUGGCCUCUUUGGAAUCCAGGGUGAUGAAGCAGUGCAGAAGUACAGCAAGUAUGGAGCAAAACAUCUCAUGAGAAAGGUUUGAGUUUAUGAACACACACAAAAGAAAUAAAUUUAAACUCAACGGAGGGAAGAAAUAGGAGCCAAGGAGCGACAGCAACCUGCCAACUCUCCAUUUGUUCGGCUAAGAGCAGAAAUACUUUAUAACACCUUUACUAGUUUGCCUAAUGACAGGUCUAAAUCUUUGAAGCCCAUGUUAUUCGUAACAAAGGGAACUGCCAGCAAGAUGCAGGCACAGACUCUUUUGUUUUCUGAACUCUUUCUAAAUAUAAAAUUGGAGAAACAGCAUCUGUACAUCAGAAUCUCAAUGGCCAACAUGAUGUAGCGCAACAAAAACCACAAGAGUCAUUGGAAAGAAUACUAAGGUUGAUGGGUCAAAACUGCAGCUGUUUCAUACUUCUAUUUCAACUCUUAUUUUAUUCUGCUUCCUAUGAAUUUGAAACUGCACUAAGCCUGACAAUGGUUUCUCUCUGAGUGCUCAAUCAGUGGAAAUACUGAAAUUGUGAACCUGUAUUUGUUCAGUAUUCUGCAUAGUACAGACUUGUGGUUGGCUUUUUCUGUUUGGGAUUCCCAAGACCCUGCAAUUGCUAGAGGAAUAUUUGGAAUGUUCUGCCGUGCCCUAAAUGAUGGUUGCAACCUUUUAAUUGCCUUAGGGGUUUAUCUCCCCAAAGUCAGGCUUUUGCCUUUCUGAAUGGGGAUAUCCCUAGUAAUUGCUAUACAGCACACUUGAGACUGGUAUAGUUUUCCCUUCCUCUUGGGUGGUCAGUUUGUGUGACGUUCCUUCCACUAGGGCCAAGGCUCCCGAGUCUGAUUUGAGCCUUGAUGCUUCAAGGGAGGAGCACAAGCUAAGUCAGUUCGCUUUGGGCCAGAGGUAGAGUUUUCAGGUCUGCUCCCUCAUACAUCACAACCAGAAGGCAGCUUUUCCUGGAAGUGAAACUGCUUGCUUCCCUCACCUAGGCUUAAACACGUCCUCCUCCUGUCUAUCAAUAAGCUUUCAGAUGUGUGGAGUGGGGGAAGACAGUUUUCUAAGAAUAUGUCACCUCUGACCCAUGGCUUAAAAAUCUGGACCUACACACACCCACACCCAUUCUAGAUGUGUGUCGUUAUAGCUGUUGCCCAUGGGGCUGUAAGAUCAAUAAAAUGUGGAGCCACAGCCAAUGACAGGCAGAGCCAAGUAAUUCCAGUUCCCAUCUUUCUCCCUGCUGACUUGGGCAAGAACAACACAGAGACUAAGGAUUGCUGAUAGACGGUGUAAACCCCCCCCCCUGCACCAUGGUAAGAAAGAAGGCAGGGAGGACUGGCUGAGGGCAGACUUGAGAUGGGUAGGGCAGUGCCCUAUUCACCGUAAUGGGCCAGCCUCCAUUCCCAAGUGUGGAGGUUAUGCCACACAACAAACUGUUAAAGAAAAGAAGAAUAUUUGUUGACUCCAGACUCGGGCUGCAAUCUGCCAUAUUCUUACCUUGCAGAAAGUCCCAUUGAACAGAGGAAUAGCAUUUGAUAGGAUGGUGCUCUUAGUCAUCUGUAGGCUCAUUGAAAUCAGUAAGACAAGUUGGUCGUGACUGUAUUAAGUCCCACCGGUUCCAGCAAAAUUAAAAGUGUUAAGUUAUUUAAG